GAGGGCGACAACAUCCGGGCCACGCAGUAGGGCUUGGGAAGUAAGAAGAGUCGCCCCACCAACAACCACAACAAUGAAGGCUAUCAUUCAGAGGGUCACCAAGGCCAGCGUGACAGUGGGGGACGAGGAGGUCAGUUCAAUAGGCCGAGGACUGUGUGUGCUGCUGGGGAUCUCAGUGGAGGACACCCAAAAGGAUGCUGACUACUUAGUACGCAAGAUCCUGAACCUGCGGCUGUUUGAAGACGAGAACGGGCGAGCGUGGAGCAAAAGCGUCAUGGACCGGGACUUUGAGGUGCUGUGUGUGAGCCAGUUCACACUGCAGUGUGUCCUGAAGGGCAACAAGCCAGACUUCCACGCAGCCAUGCCUGCAGAGCUGGCCCAGCCCUUCUACAACAGCAUCCUGGAGAACAUGAGGAGCAGCUACAAGCCCGAGCUCAUUAAGGAUGGGACGUUUGGGGGCUACAUGCAGGUCCACAUUCAAAACGACGGACCUGUUACCAUAGAGCUGAGGUCCCCCACUGGCCCAUCGGACCUCAAACAGCUUUCAAAGCAGGAGAAGCAGCAGCAGCGGAAAGAGAAGACGCGCUCCAAGGGCCCCUCAGAGUGCAGGGAAAAAGGAGCGGGGCGGUCCCGACCGGACCCCAACGCCAGCAGUGGAGCCGACGGAGAUGUGUCAUCAGAGAGGGAGCCUUAGGUCAGCAGGAUUUAAAAGCGUGGGCAUGAAGGGGAGCCCAGUUUCUUCAGGAAGGCCUGACUCCUCAGAGACUCUUCCAACUUAACGGUGACUGUCCUCUUUCUUCUGGAAAUCUGCAGGACUCUCUUGGCCUGUCGCAAAGCAGCGUCCCCCUUGCUGGUGUCCUUGGCUCCUCUCCUUCACAAUCAGAUAUGACUGGCGGUGUAAAGCAAAGAAGGAAAUUCUAACCUCAAGACGGCCCAGUUUUUCUUAGAUUAAUGGAGGGAGAUUUAACAAGGGUGCACAGGAAGGGAGCGGACAUCAGCAGCACUAUGCUAUGUGGUGCAGCAGCAUUCUGUGAUCUCUUAUUAUAAUUUUCCUACUGCCGAUCUUUCUAUGUUUCUACCUCCAUAUGCCUCUGCCCGUCUUUUUCUCAGAUUCUCCCUUCCUGUCUCAUUCUAAGCCUGCUGUCCCCACUUCAUCUCUACUUAGAGACAUGGCACUGACCCUGAAGCAUUACUCCUCUAAAAGUCCUUGGCUUAUAAUAAUAAUAAUACAAAUAAUAAUAGAUGCUAUUUAUAUAGCUCUUUUCCUGAUGCUUAAAAUACGGUACUAACAGUACUUAUGGUACAUGAACACCAGGACAGUGAUAUGAGUAACAUCCUUGGAGCUCUCCUGAUGUAUACACAUGUGUAAAGUCUACCAUUAUACCUCUAUGAAUGGACUGCAUGUUUUAUUGUCCAACUGAAAUUACCAGCGCACAGAUCUUCUUUGUAAAUGAAAUGCCCUGUGCUCACAAUUGGUAAAAAGGAUACAUUUAGAUUUUUACAAAACACAAAAAAGUGCAAUGAAACAGAUUUAGCCAAAUAACGAUGAGGUCCAUUCAUUUUGUGAUCCUCUUAGACUGUGCACUAAAGAAGUCAUGGAAGUUUGGUGUUCGUCUGCUUACUUCACCUUAGUCAUUUAAGUCAAGGAUGGAGUAGCUUCAUAUUAGUGACCAUCAGUCAGUUUGUCUCUUUCACACGUACUUUGUCUCUGUGGAGAUGGGACAGCUGUGCUUCACAGUGAACACCAGGAUCACAUCCACUAUUUAUUCAUGUUUUGGCGAUUACAAUGUCCUCCUGCUGUCACUUGACAGAUCUGAAUGUACAUCUUAUUUCCCUUUUAUAAAGAUGUGAAUAGAAAAGAUA